AUGGCAGAUUAUAGGAGUUUUUCAUUUACUAAAAUGAUUGGCUGCUGGAGUUGCUUCGGGUUGAUAAAUAAACAACCAAGACGCAGACGUAUUAGGCGGAGCAUAAAGAAUUAUCUCUCCCAGGGGCUGUUGACGGAUGGAGAAACAGAGUGUGAUGAGGUAUCACAUAGUGGUGAUUAUACUAGUAACAACUCGAGUGGAGAUGAUAGUGAUGAUAGUGAGGUGCAAAAUUUGCCCAAUCGUUCUGAGGAUAUUUUGAACUUUAGAGCAGAGAAUGGCAUGAUUUGUAGACCUUUUCCUGCUAAGGAGACUUACAAGCUUGUUCGAUCUGAGGAUGAAGAUGGGAACAAGAUGUUAAAUGAAUAUAUUCGAGAGUAUAAGAUUGGUUCUGGUAGCUAUGCUAAAGUGGCUCUUUAUCAAAGUAGUAUUGAUGGACGGCAUUAUGCAAUUAAGUCCUUUCAUAAGUCUCACUUACGAAAGCUUCGAGUUGCUCCAUCUGAGACUGCCAUGACGGAUGUUCUACGUGAGGUACUUAUCAUGAAAAUGUUGGAACAUCCUAAUAUAGUUAAUCUAAUCGAGGUGAUUGAUGACUCAGAGUCGGAUGACUUCUACAUGGUACUCGAAUAUGUGGAAGGAAAAUGGGUUUGCGAGGGUUCAGGUCGUCAAUGUGCUCUAGGUGAAGAGACCGCUAGGAAAUAUAUGCGUGAUAUAGUCUCGGGAUUAACAUAUCUUCAUGCUCAUAAUAUAGUGCAUGGGGAUAUAAAACCUGAUAAUCUGUUGAUUACCCGCCAUGGGACUGUAAAGAUAGGGGAUUUCAGUGUCAGCCAGGCUUUUGAGGACGGUAAUGACGAACUUCGUCGAUCACCUGGCACUCCUGUUUUCACUGCACCAGAAUGUUGUUUAGGUCUUACUUAUCACGGCAAAGCUUCGGACACGUGGGCAGUAGGAGUAACUUUGUACUGUAUGAUAUUGGGUGAAUACCCAUUUCUCGGGGACACGCUUCAAGAUACAUAUGACAGAAUAGUCAAUAAUCCCAUAGAAAUCCCGGACGACAUAAACCCGCAGUUAAAGAACUUAAUAGAAGGAUUGCUUUGCAAAGACCCAGAACAAAGGAUGACAUUGACAGAAGUUGCUGAGCAUGAUUGGGUUAUUGGAAAUGCUGGGCCAAUCGGUAAGUACUCAUGUUGGUGCAAACGCAAGAGUCUGGUGAUUGAAGACUUUGAGGAGAGCUAUGUGGUUGCUUGA